AUGAAAAAUCUUCAUAUUAAGACUAUUUAGGAGGAAAACAGGGGUUUAGAGGAUAGUUUCUUAACUUAAUCAGAUUCAGGAUACAAAGCCUCCUCAAACCCUUUUGGUAAAAAGCGCUCCUCGUUAAGUAAAAACGAAUUUUAUGCAAAAUAUCUCAAAAAGAAUUUUGACUUUUCUCAAGAUGAUGAUCUGCAAGUUAUUUAUGAUAUAAUUCAAAAAUAAAAUAAUUCAAAAUCCAAUCUGGAUUUGAUGAUCCUCUAGAAUGCCUUUAAAAACAUAAGAUUAUUUUAGGAGUUAGAGAAUGAAAUACCAUAAAAAUAAAUGUUUAAUUUGUAUCGAGAGUUGCUUCAUUAUGAAUACUAGCCAAGAUAAGUUGUUUUUAACUAAGGAGAAAUAGGUAGAGAGUUUUACAUAAUCUUGAAAGGAUCAGUCUAUAUUAUAGGAAAUGAAGAUAAAAAAUAAUAAGAUAAUCCCAAAAAAGAAGAGAAGGGAACUGAGAACUAAUAAAAUAUUCAAGAAGAAAUGGAAAAUGAAAAUGAGUAAAAGCAUAAUUAAAAAUAAUAGCCUUUAGUUUAAACAAAUACAUCUAAGUUAGCUAGGAGGUUAUCUAAGAAAUCUAGUUUUGUUAUGUAUUCUUAAAUACUUGAUCCAAAUAAUUAAACCUUGCAAAGAAAAUCGACCUUAGAGCGUCCUCCUACUUUUGUUUAAUAAGGAAAGUUUUUAUAUAAUAGCUUAAAAAGAACAACUUCAUUAAUAUAUGACAUCGAUGAGGACAUUACAGAUGAAGAGUAUAUAAAAUUAAAUUACCCAGAUUUUGAUAUAUUAGCAAAGCUAGAACAAGGAGCUUCUUUUGGAGAAGUAGCACUAAGAGAUUCAGUUCCAAGAACAGCUACAGCCAUUUGUUCAGGAGAAACUCAUUUUAUUACACUCAAAAGGGAUGCCUUCAAAAGAUUUUUAGAGUAAUAUUACAGUGUAGUACAACAGUAAAACAUAAACUUCGUUAAAUAGAUUGCACUCUUCUCUAACUGGACAGAUUAGAUGAUUAACUAAAUGUUUUAUUAUUUGGAAAAGAAAACUUUUAGAAUGAACUAGACUAUUUACAAAGAAGGUUCAGAUUCUUUAGGGAUCUACUUAAUAAGGGAAGGCGAAGUUAAAUUGUAUCAAGAAAUGCAGUUGCCAAAAAAUGAAUAGGAUAAGCUAAAAAAUGUUAGACAUUUUAUGAGAAAAUUAGAUUUUGCUAAGCAAUAACAUAUAUUUUAUGCUCCAGUUAGUCAUCUUGCUCAAGGAUAAAUGUUUGGACAUGAGGAUAUAGUGAAUUCUUCUCAAAGAAAAUAUACUGCCAUUUGUUCUUCUUCAAAUUGCUAAAUUUUAUUUUUAAAUAAAGAAAAAUUCUUGCAAUUAAGUAAAAGAAGAAACACUAUAGAGAACGCUUUUGAAGAGUCUGCGAUGAAACAAGAAUGGCAUAGCUAAUUGAUAUCUAAACUUGAAUCUUUUACUAAAAAUUAGAAUGAAUUUAUCAAAAGACAAGAAUCUCAAAAAUAUAAAUUGCUAUUAAGAAACAACAUUUAAGAAGGAAAAAGAAAUUCUCAAAUUUUUGAGAACAAAAAUUAAAAAACUCAAAGAAGAAGCAACUAAUCUUUGCCUUCUUCUCUUUUAACUUAAUAAAGUUGUUAAAUUGGUGAUUUUACCAACUAAUAAAAUAAUCAUCUGAAAGUUGAAAUUAGCUAAUUUGACCCUACUAAUUUAAAUAAUUAAGAAAAGUUACUUAAAAAUUUAUAACCACUAAAAGAAAAUAAGAAUCUUUAACAAAUUAUUUUAUUGAAAUAAAAUUGUUAGCUUAAAUCUUUAAAAAAUGAUUUGAAGUGCAAGUAAGAUAUUUCAGAUGCAUUUAUGAGCUUUGCCACUGCUGAAAAUACCCCUCUUUAAUCUGAAAAACUAAUUAAGCACUCAAGUGCUAAAAAUUUAUUUUUAAAAAAUUAAGACAUAUCAACAAUUAUAGAAGACUAAAGAUUAAAAACAGAUUCUUCUAAAUAGAGAAGACCUCUUUCAGGUUUAUCACUUGAUAUUUAGAGAAAUAGUGAAUCUAAAUAAGUUUGUUAGACCAUAAAUUCUAUGGCAAAUAUUGAUUUACCAAACUAAAAAGCCUAAGUUUCUUAAAGCUAAAUUGAUAUAAAUGAAUAACAAAUAAAUGAUUUUUAAUUCUUUAGUGAUCAAAAACACAAGAGUAUAUCAUCAGAUUAGCAAAAAAAACUGAGAAGGAUAUUAGAUAGUAAUAAUAAAGUAAAUAAAAAUGAGAGUCCAAUUAGAAAAUAAAGUAUAAAUUAAGAUUUCUUAAGACAACUGAUUGACAACUCUUUGCAUGUACCUAAAAGAAUUUAACAAUCCUUGCUUAGUUGCUAAGAAGACAGCUAAAUUAAUUUAGAAUCAUAAUGUAUUUCAAAAUUAGAUAUUGAUAACUAGAUAAUACCUACUUGUUAAUCUAUGCAUUUAUUCAAAAAAAGAAUUAUGAGCAAAUACCCAAAGCUUGCUACUGAAUAAAAAGAAAGCAAUUAGAUUUCUUUAAAAUAGUAAAUAAAUGAUUUAGAAAGGCAACAAAGAAUUCUUAAGUCUUUGAAAUUGCCAAAAAUCAGAAAAAAUUCCUCUAAUUUUAUUGAUAUCUUUAUGCCAAUCGAACCUUAGAGUUAAAAAAACUUAGAUUAAAAGCCAGCGUUGAAAGAAUUAAACAAUAGUUUUGAUUUAGGCAACUAAAAGAUGAUAUAAUCCAACUUGAGUGAAAUUAAAACUCCUAUUAAAAGAAAUAAAUCUCAAAAUAGUAUCAGCAUUAUUGAAACACUAAAAAAUUUGAAACAAGAGCUCAUCGAAAAGAAGAUAAAAAGCGAUAUUCAAACUAAAGAUAAAUAAGACUUGUUUAGAAGGAAAAAUGUAUCCUAAUCAAGUUUAUUAGAAGAAAAUCACGUUUUUGAUCUUAAAAAAUUAGCAUAACAAAACUACAACUUUUAAAAUAAAUUUAUUGACAUAAGUCAUAAUCCUAAUAUACUACAACAAAUAUUCACUAAACCAAACAAAAUAGAAGAACCUAAAAAGUGA